CUGACCCGCGUCGGAAUCUGUGCCUCUGGUCAUCCGCCCAUAGACUCCCAUUCAAAAUGGACUUAGGUUUUGAAGGCUUAAAAGUUUGUGCCUCUGGUCAUCCGCCCAUAGACUCCCAUUCAAAAUGGAGUGCACUGAAUACAAAAGCUUCCUCUGGGGAUUGGAAUUGAAUCUGAGUACAGUGGGGCUGCACCACUGAACUGAGACUACAGUAGCACACGGGCAGUCGCAUGGGUCUGGCCUAUCGCUUUCUGAGGCAACCAUCUCCAGCGCUUUCCGACCGACGCAACGACUGACAUUCUUGUCCUCGUUCUCAUUCCGCAGCGACAUAAGAGCCGGGUUAUGAUGUCAGUGGCGUUCCCUUCCAGUACCAGCCAUCAGUAGGGCUUUAGCCUGUAGCACGCAACACUGACAAGCAUGUCUCCCUGAUUUGAGAUACACAAAGUCCUGUGGUGUAGGACCAUAUCGGCCUUCACACAAAGCCCUGCACUCAACAACCCUUCCUUAUCUGCCGCUCCACCAGGUGUAGAGAGAGCGCGACCUGCCCCUGUGAAAACAGUCCCGAGAUUGAACCACACAAACUGCCAACCUUGUGGUUGCGGUGUCACACAGCAGUAUCUUGGGAGGAUUUCUACAUGGCACGAAACCAAAGAUAAAUUGAAAACUGAAGUCGGCGCCAACAAGUAAACUGAACAAUUAUGUUGUAAUACCAAAGUUUCAAGGAUGGAGACUGGCAGGACUACCUCCACCAACGGAGAGGGCUUCCUCUCCAGAAUGGCCCUCAAUGACAACAAGGCCGGUAUGGAGGGUCUUGACAGAGAUAAGAUCAACAAAAUCAUCAUGGAAUCUUCAAAGGGUUCGAGGUUCUAUGAGAAUGAAGUGAAGAGAGAGCAGCAGGUGAACCAGCGCGUUGAGAGGAUGAUGCUGCAGAAAACCCAGAUCACUGAGCAACAGCUGAGCAAAGCACACACUCAGCUGGAGAAGAUGAUCGCUGACCUGGAGAAAGGCCGGGAGCUGAGCCGUGUCAUCGUGCACGUGGACAUGGAUGCUUUCUAUGCUGCCGUGGAGAUGAGGGACUGUCCCGACCUGAAGGACAAGCCCAUGGCCGUGGGCUCCACGAGCAUGCUGUCUACGUCCAACUACCAUGCCAGGAAGUUUGGGGUACGAGCAGCCAUGCCAGGUUUCAUCGCUAAGAAACUCUGCCCAAACCUGGUCAUAGUUCCAACCAACUUUGACAAAUACAAAGCAGUGAGCGCUGAGGUCAGAGAGAUCUUUGCGGACUACGAUCCUCACUUCCAGUCCGUGAGCCUGGAUGAGGCGUACCUGGACAUCAGUGACCACCUGGAGCGGAGGAGGAGCUGGUCCGAGGCCCUCCGCAGCCACCGCCUCCACACCAUCACCCCGCCCGGAGCAGGUGAGGGGCAGGGUGAGUUCUCAGGGCCGACAGGGCUGGAGGGGGAGGAUCUCUCCCCUGUCCUGUUUGAUGACAGCCCCAGCACUCCCCCUCCGCCCCCCCCAGGCCAGGUGGUGGUGUUUGGGACCUGUGCUGAAGAGGCGGUGAGAGAAAUGCGCUUUCGAAUCGAGCAGAAGACCACACUGACCGCCAGCGCAGGCAUUGGGCCUAACAUGAUGCUGGCCAAGGUGUGCAGUGACAAGAACAAACCCAACGGUCAAUACAGACUGCUUCCUAACAGACAAACAGUCAUGGACUUUGUCAAAGAUCUAGCGGUCCGCAAGGUUUCUGGCAUAGGGAAGGUGACUGAGAAGAUGCUUGGAGCCCUGGGCAUCGUCACCUGUGGCCACCUCGGCCAGGAGAUGGCGCUGGUGUCCCUGUUGUUCUCGGAGACGUCUUGGCACCACUUCCUCCAGAUCUCCUUGGGGCUUGGCUCCACGCACAUCGAAAGGGACGGAGAGAGAAAAAGCAUGAGCACAGAGAGGACGUUUGGGGAGAUGAGCUCAGCAGAGGAGCAGCUGUCUCUCUGCCAGAAGCUUUGCCAAGACCUGGCUGAGGACCUGAAGAAAGAGGCGCUGCAAGGUAAGACGGUGACUCUGAAGCUGAAGAACGUCAACUUUGAGGUGAAGAGCCGAGCGGAGACGCAGCCGUGCGCCUUGGCCACGGCCGAGGAGAUCUUUGCCGUCGCCAAGGACCUCCUGCAGACGGAGAUCGACAGCGUCAGCCCCCAACCGCUGAGGCUGAGGCUCAUGGGUGUUCGAAUCUCCACCUUCGUCAGCUCAGACGACAAGAAGCCCCUGCAGAAGAGCAUUGUGGGAUUCCUCCAGCAGGGCAGAGCCGACUCCGGUGGCCCCUCCCAAGUUCCUGCCCGAAAAGGGAAAGAAGAGCCCAUCUUCUUCGAGCCUCCGGUCCAGUCCCAGACGUCCGGCUGCCCUCCCCUGGUGGAGCACACCCCGGGCCAGAGGGAGGCCACCUGGAGGGCCAGUCGGAGGGGGGUGGAGGAGGGCAGGCCUGGGGGCCAGUCCUUCUUCCAGAGAGCCCACGCCCAACGUCUCCGUCUGCAGGCUGAGAGGUGCCACGCACCAGGGGACGGGGACUCCUCCGCCGACGCGACAAACACAACCCCCCAAAGAACAGACCCGUCCUCUAAGAGCCAGACCUCCACAAAGCCAGGUCCGGACGCAUCGACAGCCUCCACCCCGGGCCUCUCCUUCGAGGCCCAGGCCUCCACGUCAGCCUGGGGCUCCAGUGAGCCCGAGGCCCAUGCCUCCACGUCAGCCUGGGGCUCCAGUGAGUCCGAGGCCCAGACGGAUAGCCUGACCUGCCCCAUCUGCUUCAGGGAGGUGAGGACCACAGACCUGGCUGUCUUUAACAGGCACAUAGACCAGUGUCUCAGCGGUGUCUCCGCAGAGCCUAACCACCCCCAGCCGGACUCAGAGCCACGCUCAAACAUGGAGCGAGGCAGAAUACUUGGGGAGGAAGAGGCAGCUGAAAGAGAGAUGAGAGCAAUAGAAGAGGAUAUGGACUCUUCCAGAAGGCCUGACUCAGCAUUCCCCAGACUGCAAGAGACCUGUACAGGGAAACCCCAGUCAUUGGCGAUAACAGCCCGAAUCUCCCAGACAGACCGCCUGGACUCGAACUCUCCGAGAGACAGAUGUGUUCUUCCAGACUCUUCUCCGGGUGUUCCUCGCGUUCCGGUCGCUCCGGAGUCCGAAUCACGUGACGUCAGAGGCCCUGCCCUGACCUGCCCGGUAUGUCAGGUGACCCAGCACACUGAUGACCUCACCGUAUUCAACCGCCAUGUUGACCUCUGCCUGAACCAGGGAAUGCUGCAUGAGCUUGGGGGACUAGCGUCUGUGGGGCAGCCGCCUUUCUCCAUCACCCACAGCGGGGUCAAAGGGAGAGAACCCCCUCUGCAGAAAACCACACAUGGAGGCAAGAGCAAACGGCACGGAUCAUCCCUUCAACCACACGCCAAGAAGGCCAAAGCCCCGGGCCCUCAAAACACAAUCGACAGGUUCUUCAGGUGACACCGCUAGGUAGAAGGUUCUGGUUCUCCUGGAAAGCUUGGGAGAAACAAACGUCGGUGGCGAUGAGGAGGACCAUGAGGCCUGACUGAGUAUCCGCUAUAUCCCCACGGCCUCAAACACCCUACCUAGCUGCCGUUGCUAAUGAGCUCACGUUUUUAUAUGUCCACGUGCCCCUCUGGCUCAGUAAUAAUGAACAUUUUGGGUGUUAUCAAGAGAAUCUGAAGCCAAAUUGCCCUUGCAUUGAGAAAACUGAAUGUAUGAUAUUUAAUAUUUAACUAAUAAUGAGUGUUGGGUAUUCAUUUCUGUGAAUACGGCACAAUGAAGACUUUGCCACAGUGUCUGAGGGCAACAUAUUUCUAGCAUCAUGAGAGCCGUGUUGAAUAUAAAAGACGUGAGUCACUGUAGCACUUACUGACCUGUCUGUUGACUGGACUGUGGCUACAAUCGACCAAGAAUCCUAAAAAGCGUAGAAGGUCCAUGUUACAUUAGCAUCAGCAGUACUCAGGACAACAGUCGUCUUCCAUCUUAUUUAUGCUUGUGUGUGUGUGUGUGUGUGAUUCUAUUGUGGUUAUACUGUGCACAAA